CCCCCUCCCUCACUGGCCGGGAGUGGAUGUGAGUUGCAGGAGUCGGGGGAGUCGCCGCUACUGAUCGCUCCUGGCCGCUAUGAGUCAGGCUCUGGAACCCCGAGAAGCGGAGCAGCCCGGGGGGAACCCCCACCCUCCCAUGGCUCACAAUUGUGCCCCGUUUGUGGAUAACAAUGCCCUGUCUAUCAGCGCCCCAUUAAGAGGUGGAACCCCCAACCCCCUGCUGCCCUCCCCUGCCAGUCUCCAGCUCGCCCAGCUCCAGGCUCAGCUCACCCUGCAGAGACUAAAGUUGGCACAGACGGCGGUGACGAGUAACACGGCUGCCGCUGCCACGGUGCUCAACCAGGUCCUCUCUAAAGUGGCCAUGUCCCAGCCUCUGUUUAACCCUUUGAGGAAUGCAGCCAUGAUGGGGGCUCACAGUCACGCAGGGAUGAACCCUCUUGGCCCUGCCUUGUCUAAUGCCAGGCUUGCCCCCAGUGGAUUACCAUUUUCUGCCCACAAUUCCCCUCUGGCCCCAAGCCAUGCUCACAAUGCCAACUCCAUGCAGCCUUUCGCUAAGGGCAUUGGUGGAACCAAAGCCGUGGGCUUUUUCCCAGGGUCACAGGGCUUUGCCUCAGACACAGACUCUUCUGGUUACCAUGGCUUAGUGGUGGGAAGCUCAGUGGCCGGAGCGGCCUCUGAUGGUCACUAUGGCCCCAAGCAUGAUCAUCUACCCGGGUUUAAAAAGGACUUUUAUGAUUCCCACGGUCAGUUUCGCCCCCAGAAAGGCCCAAACAACCAAUGGGAAUCGUCCCGCUCGUGGCAGUCUCCCAGCCCCCAUUACGAGGGCAGAAAUGAGCUGUACAACCCGGAGGAACCGACUCCUGACACCAAAUUCAGCCCUUCCAGUUCUCCCACGUUUGCCAGACACAAUAAUGGGAAGAUCCCAAGCUCCGCUCUGAAAAGCCUUCAGCCUCAGGAACUCAAUGACUUUCAUGGCAUUGCCCCCCAGCACCUCCCGCAUAUCUGCACUAUGUGUGAUAAGAAGGUCUUCAAUCUGAAGGACUGGGAGUUACACAUUAAGGGCCGGAUGCACAUUCAGAAUGUAAUGAGCUUCUCAGAAACAGUGGGGCUGCACCCUGUGUCAGCUGAGGGGCCGGGGAGCGGUGAGUUUGACCCUGUUAGUAAUGAAGCUGUUCCCUAUCUUCAGCCCGGACUUGCUUUCUCUGCAUCUGCCCUGGGGGCAAAGAGGAAGCCUGCUAUUGGGCGAGUUGUGCAUAUAUGUAACAUCCCUGAAGGAAGCUGCAAUGAGAACGAUGUCGUCAACCUGGGACUGCCCUUUGGCAAAGUCACCAACUACAUUCUUAUGAAGUCAACCAAUCAGGCCUUUCUGGAAAUGGCCUACACGGAGGCAGCGGAAGCCAUGGUACAGUUCUACCAGGAGAAACCUGCAAUGAUAAAUGAUGAGAAGCUUCUUAUCCGCAUGUCGAAGCGUUACAAGGAGCUGCAGCUCAAGAAACCAGGGAAAAAUGUUGAUGCUGUCAUCUACAACAUCCAUUCACAGAGGGAAAGAGACAUGUUCCGAGACACGGACAGGUAUCGAAAUGAAAGGGCAAGAUCUCGAAGCCCAGUGAGUCGCUCUUUGUCCCCGAGGUCCCACACCCCAAGCUUCACUUCUUGCAGUUCCACCCACAGUCCAUUAAGUGCAUCAAGAACAGAAUGGGGCAACGGAAGGGAGGCUUGGGACCAACCAGCUUAUAGUAGGCGAGAAGAAGAGCGAGAGCAGGGUCCAUGGAGAGACAACGGGGAGGAUAAAAGAGACAGGACGGAUCACUGGGUGCAUGACCGCAAACAUUACUCCUGGCAGCUGGACAAGCAAGAGAUGGACGAUCGUAUGGAUGGGCCUAGAGGCCACAGGGAGAGAUAUGGAAACCACUCUUCAUCCAGAUAUAAAAGCAGAGAUGGGGAAUAUUACAGAAAGGAGGCAAAGGCAAAGACAGAGGGAAAGCUCCCAGAUACUCAAGAAAAAUCCAAGAGAAAGGAAGAGUCUAAAAGUCGAGAGGUCAAGGUGAGCAGUGAGGACACGAGCAAGAAAGAGGUGCGUGAGACAUCCCCAAGUGGAGAGGCUGAUGGCAGCAAAGAGAAGGACGCAGCUAAGAACCAAACAGAUGUUCCCAACAAGCAACAGGAGGAGGACAAAGCCAAAGAGAGUGCAGCCAAUGAACAGGCUGAACAUAAGGAUGAAACAAUGGACCAUAAUUCUGUAUCCCCCAAACAGGCAGAUGCAUCGGAGGAACCUCAAGCUGCUGUUAAACAAAAGGAGGAUGAGUGGGAGAGCGGAAGUGAGCUGGAAGGAGAACCUUGGUACCCAACGAACAUGGAGGAGCUUGUGACCGUAGAUGAAGUAGGAGAAGAAGAUUUAAUCAUAGAGCCGGAUAUAACAGAACUGGAAGAAAUUGUUCCUGUGCUCCCUAAGGACACUGCCAGCUGCAUUCAGAUGUGCUCCCAUGGCAUCUGCGCUAUUGAUUUGGAAUGCAGAUGUAGCCAAUUAACUAACAGUGCUUGUUCGUCUCCUCAUGAAGCCUCUAUAGCUUUGAGUUGUACCUCAGUAAGAGAAAGUGCCAGUCCUGAAAGUAGCUGCUAUGGGCCAGAUGUGCCCGAUGUAAGCCUUAAUUCUGAGCAGAAGUCGGAGGAAAUGGAGGAACAUGGAGCAGCGAGAAGCCCUCAUGAGAAGGAAAGCCUAGCAGAGAGCUCUAGUAGUCUAAACAAGUCAACCAACCUUCAAAGUUCCAUCUAUAAAGAAGAUCUGGAUAACUGCAUGGCCUUGUGUGAUAGGACAGACUCUCGAGCGGCUGCCAUUGAUACAGCGAGGGAUUCUCACAAUCAAGAAGAAAGCUGUGACAAGAGAGAGAGAGUUUCUGGCCUUUCUGUAUCAUCUGAAGUAAAAUCUGCCAAAAUGCAAGAAAGUGAAUCCAAAGAGAGACAGUCAUCGCCCUCGUGGGAACAAGAAGAUGUGUUCAGUGAGCUCAGUAUUCCUCUAGGGGUGGAAUUUGUGGUGCCGAGAACCGGCUUCUUCUGCAAACUGUGUGGCAUCUUCUACACCAGCGAGGAAACGGCAAAGACGUCACAUUGCCGCAGUCGUGUACAUUACAGAAACCUACAGAGUUACUUGUCCAGGCUGGCCGAGGGGUGCUCAGGAAAGAAUGAGAUGGAGAAUAUGGUUUAUCACGAGGAUGUUGGAAUCGUCCCGCAGUUUGAGAAGAACAGACCUUAAAGGGACAGAUGCACGGACAAUAGCUGACUCGUCACUUACAGACAUAGUUUUAAAGAAGGAAAAAAGGUGCCACUAACUGAGCCAGAUUGUACAGAGGUGCGUGAUGAAGAUUGGCCAUUCAGUAAGGGCUACCCUAGCCUGAUAGGGACGGGUCCCAGUGUGGGGGCUACAGCACCCGUUUGUAUUCACUCACGAUAACAAUUCUUCAUUUAAAAAUGUUAAGUAUCCGGCUGGUGAAUCCUUCAGUUUAGGCGCACAUUUGUAACAUUGCAGUACUGCCCUACUGGGGGGCCGGCUUCAGGCUGGGGGGUUCUCACAUACCCACCUAGCAAAAAGGCUCUGUACUAUAACAGCUCAGCUAAUGGGAAUGUAAAGUUCUCCCCAUAUAUAAACCAAAAAUUGUACCGGAACAUUUUGUUCCCAAAAUGGCUGUAGAACCAAGCAAUACACUUGCUCAGAACAGAGAGAAAAUGAGGGUAUGAAACAUUUGGGCAAGGGAUAGUAAGCAGAGAGACGAUACAUUGAGGGUAUUAAAUUCUGUGUGCAGGUAUGGGA